UCCCAUUUGUUGGGAUCACUGCGCUGAGCUGCCGGCGUGACGCUGCCGUGACGUCACACCUCAGUGUGCUUCUGGACUCGGCUGAAGAACAUGGCGGCCUCCUCAGGAGUUAAAGUUCCACGCAAUUUUCGCUUGUUGGAGGAGCUUGAAGAGGGCCAGAAGGGCGAAGGUGAUGGCACAGUCAGCUGGGGCCUCGAGGAUGAUGAAGACAUGACUCUCACACGGUGGACAGGCAUGAUCAUUGGACCAGCAAGAACCAAUUAUGAGAACAGGAUAUACAGUCUGAAAGUGGAGUGUGGACCUAGAUACCCAGAGACAGCCCCGACUGUUAGAUUUGUAACAAAAAUUAGCAUGAAUGGGAUAAAUAAUUCCAACGGGACGGUGGAUUCACGUAGCAUACCAAUAUUAGCAAAAUGGCAGAAUUCUUAUAGCAUUAAAAUUGUUCUUCAAGAGUUAAGGCGUCUAAUGAUGUCCAAAGAAAAUAUGAAGCUUCCACAACCACCAGAAGGACAAACCUACAGCACUUAAUCGUAAUGGAUUGUUUUGACCCUCUGUCUUAAACCUUACUCUCUUAGAAAUAUUGUGUAAAAUCAUCAAGAGGCUCACUUCGCACAUCAACAAUAUCGUCAGCAAGAGCAAGAUUGGACUUUCUUAUUACAUAGCUCAUUCAAAAAAAAAAAAAAAUGUCCCUGCAGUUUAGGCACUGAGUAGAUAGUUAAAAGACUACAAGACCACAGUUAUUCGCCUUGAAUAAAGUUAUUUGACAAUGA